AUGGCCAAACCGUUCGCGCGGCCGGAUCCCGGCCCGGGCGAAGGUUCAUCCUCGUCCGGUGCAGGUCCACCCGCCACUCAGCCACCACCUUCCGGCACUACAGCUCCGAGUCCUCCGGCCCCUAUUGGACCGGUGGCCAGCGGAACCAGUGCACACGGAACACUCGGGUACGUGCCCUCAGCAUCGAUCCCCAUCGCCGACGGCAAUCCACACCAUCACCAGCAGGCUCCGUUACCGAUGCCACAGCAGCCGGGACAAGUACAGCAUCCCUAUCAGCCCUACGGAGGUUCGUGGGCUCCACCAGGUCCGGUUGUGGGCAGUCCAGUUGAAUCGCAUCCAGUAAUGUUGCCGAUGACUCCACCGGCGAGCGGAUUUGCGACAACCGUCCAGACACCUCAGCUGGCCCAGGUUAAUGAGCAAUUUGUGCAGGCGUUCUGUGAGGCCCUCUAUCGUUGCUCCUUGGGAGAUGGUCCUCCAACGCCAUUGUCUCAAUCACCACCGAGUGCUUCCUGCAGUCCAUUCACCAACGGUGGAUUCUACGGAUCCGGUCAGGUGUUCUUCCCGCGUACGCCCGCCUGUACCACUGGAGGCUGUAAUGGUGGCAGGACUUUCUUCCACCAGACCCACCCGACACCUGGUGGCCCACCGUACGCCCCAACACCCCAUUCCCAACCGACACCCGUAUCGGCGAACAGCAAUUCAAGCAGCAGCGGCAUCAGCAGCCUGCACGAUACGCCUUCGUGCUCUUCCGGCACACCGCAUUGCUUCCAGGGCCAGCUGCAACCGAUCCAGUUCAACUGGCACGAUGAUGGCGACUCGAGCGAAUCGGAAGCAUCCUCAUCGCAGGCGACCUCCUCGUCUGGCUGCAGCCCGCAUUGUCUCGGCUUGGAUGGAGCGUCGGGAGGAUCCUUUGGGUCGCAGUCCACUUCGUCCACUCUCGCGAGCUCUUCGUCGUCGGGUGGUACCACCCUGUAUGCUGCGGUGCCACCCCAUCUUGACUACAUGGCAGGGCGCGAGAAGCUGCAAGAGUUUCCGGGGAAAAUCCCGCAACGCAAGCGCAAACCACGCACACCAAAGCCGAAAAAGCCAGGGCUGCUCGAGCAACCUUUGAUGUGGCAAGUGGCUGUUACGGCGGCGCUGAUCGUGCUCGGCUGCGGCUAUCUGGCGGCCCGGUGAAUCGUCCCGUCAAGAGACAGUUUCGCUUUUCUUGUCGUUUGGUGUGCUGCCCGCUGAUUUUGUACGCUGAAGUGUAGACUUGAGAAAAAGGCCCCCGUCAGAAGAGAAAGAGAGAGAAAGAGAGAGAGAGUAAUUCUUAACAAGCCAUCAGGCACAUUCCAGUGCCGAAACGCGGUGAAAUCAGCGCGGAAAAUUAACUUGAUUAAGCUAACGAGAAUUCCGGUAAAAUGAAACGAAAAAGAGAUAGUUUCCGUGUUAUGUUUUAAGACAACAAACAAAACCCCCCCCCCCAGGAUACAGUGAUAUACAAGAAAAAAAAAACAUUUAAUUGUCUUCGAAACAUGAUCGACCGGGGCAGCUUGGGAAGUGAAAAGAGGAGAACAAAUUAAGUGGAAAAUAAGGGAAACAUCAUAUUGGUCUCAGCAUCGCGAUGUCGCGUGUAAUUUAACCAAAUAGUGUUAGAAAUCGUGUUGUUUAUUUUUUUUUCCCUUUUCCACUCUGCUGCCGCUGUUUGCACCAUG